ACGCUACGUCGCCAAUGUUACCCCCCCCCCCCACCGGCGUUACGUACGUACGUGUGUGCGUACUACGUGCUUUCAUUGGGCGGAGCGGUUCUUUCUGGCGGCGUGUUGCUGACUUGUUACCUCACCGACUCCCGGACCGAGGAGCCCUCACGACGGUCCACAAUUGUGCCAAGAUGCCGGACCCGAAGCCAGAUUCUAGUCCUGUGACUCAGAAUCCAGAGGAGAAAGCUGAGGCUCCUGCUGAGGCUCCUGCGGGGGCUCCUUCACAGCCUGAUAAAGAUAUUUUAGAAGUGACUGCAAUGGAACAGUCUCCAGAACAAGAUUCCCCCAAUGAAGUGGAGGAGGCUGCUGAACCCCCUGAGAAGGCAGAACCCGAGCCUGAGCCGCCUCUCCCUCCAGAGUUUGACAAGUAUUGGAAGGCCGUGGAGGCAAAUCCUGAGGACUUCACCACGUGGACAUACCUGUUGCAUUAUGUCGAACAAGAGAAUCAUAUUUAUGCUUCCCGGAGAGUGUUUGACAUGUUUCUCGCUCGGUAUCCUUAUUGUUAUGGCUACUGGAAGAAGUAUGCUGAUCUGGAAAAGCGGUGCAAUAAUGUCAUGGAGGCUGAUGAGGUUUAUCGUAGAGGAAUUCAGGCUAUUACCUUAAGUGUUGACCUUUGGAUACAUUAUCUUCAAUUCUUAAAAGAAACGUUAGAUCCUGCUGAUCCGGAGACGGCAAACACUCUGAGAGGGACAUUUGAGCACUCUAUAAUGUCAGCAGGUCUAGACUUUCGUUCAGAUAAAUUAUGGGAAAUGUAUAUUACUUAUGAGACUGAACUGGGAAAUCUAAGUGGAGUCACCUCUAUAUACAGUCGGCUACUGGGAAUUCCAACACAGCUCUAUGCUCACCAUUUUCAAAGGUUUAAGGAACACAUACAAGGACAUUUGCCAAAAGAGUUUCUUACUGCUGAAAAAUUCAUUGAACUGCGAAAGGAGUUGGCAUCAGUAAAUCAUCAUGGUGGAUCCAAAAUGGAGUAUCCCUCCGGCCUCGAGGACAUAGCUGAUCCAGCACAGCGUACGACUGAAGUAGAGAACAUGAGACAUCGAAUAAUUGAAGUUCAUCAAGAGAUCUUCAACACAAAUGAAAAUGAAGUCCAUAAAAGAUGGGCCUUUGAGGAGGGAAUUAAGAGACCCUAUUUUCAUGUGAAACCUUUGGAAAGGGUGCAAAUCAAUAACUGGAAGGAGUAUUUGGACUAUGAAAUGGAGAAUGGAUCCCAUGAGCGAGUGGUCAUCCUAUUUGAGAGAUGUGUCAUAGCCUGCGCAUGCUAUGAGGAGUUCUGGAUAAAGUAUGCCAAGUAUAUGGAGCACCACAGCCCAGAAGGAGCAAGACAUGUAUACACCAGAGCCUGUAACAUCCAUCUCCUAAAGAAACCUUUAGCACAUUUAUUAUGGUCUGGAUUUGAGGAACAACAGGGGAAUACUGAUGAAGCAAGACGAAUUUUAAAAACACUGGAAGAGUCUGUGGAUAGUCUAGCAACAGUCAGACUAAGAAGAGUCAACUUGGAGCGGCGGCACGGAAAUAUUAAGGAGGCCGAGGAGCUCUUGACUGAAUCAAUGAAAAAUUCUAAAGCCACGCACGAAUUUUCAUUUUAUGCAAUUAAGCUUUCUCGCUUCUAUGUCAAAAUUCUGAAAAAUGCGGUAAAGGCGAGGAAGGUGUUAAAUGAUGCUCUUCAGAAAGACAAAGAAAAUACCAAGAUAUACCUCAACUUAAUAGAUCUGGAGUUCAGUGGUGACGUGAAACAGAACGAAAGUAACAUCUUGGUACUAUUUGAUAAAGUAAUAAAAAGCUCAAUGCCCCUGGCUACAAGAAUUACAUUCUCUCAGAGGAAAGUAGAGUUCUUGGAGGACUUCGGCUCUGACAUUAAUAAGCUGUUGACAUCCUAUGAUGAUCACCAGAAGCUUUUAAGAGAGCAAGAAAUUCAGAAAAGGAAAGCAGAGAAUGGCUUGGAACAGCCUGAUGCAAAGAGAUUGCACUCGGAGGACAGUGCGGUGAUGUCUGCUGCCCCUAUGGCUGCCACAACCACAGCUGCUGUUCAGCCUGCAUAUAACUAUGCAAACUGGUACCAGCAGCAGCAGCAGCAGCAGCAAUACAGCUACCAGAACGCCUGGAAUUACGGACAGUACUACCAUCCUCCCUCCACUUGAAGGCCUUCUCUUCCAUUUUAAGGCAGGAGUUAACAUAAAUUAUAAGAGAAAAAAAACCUUCUAAUUUUGUCUUUCACUUUGGGGGGAAAGUUGGUUUUGGCACCCGAGGGGUGUGCUGUGUAUGAGCAGACUGAUCUUAUUGUGUGGCAGAAAUUAACAGAAAACCGGGGGGAGACUUAUCCCUCUGUUCACACCUGUGUUCCAGAUUCCUCUCACUGGAAGUGGUAUACAUCCUGUAUAAUGUAUUUUUUUUUCUUUUUGUAACUUCUGCUCUAAUUCUACUUUUGUACAAAUAUAAGACGUAUCCAAUCUUCUGGAACACAUUGCUUAAACUUUUGACUUUGGUUUUGUUUUUUCAUUUGAAGAAAAGUGUUUAAAAAGGGACAUGUACCAGAUAAAGUAUGUGGUUGUGUCGGGACGAUUCUCCAGCAGGUAGUUGACACAUGACUUGUCGCAAAAAACAUUUUUUUUUUUGUUAUCCAGAUUUUUAGAAACAUUCAUGUUUGUAUCCAUCUGUAUGUACUUUUCUCUUUUUAUCACGUUUCGUUGUUAAUAAAGUGUUGGCAAAGUCAUGAUCUUAAGUUUUCUUUCCCCAGAUGAGACAAUUAAAGUAAUCUGUGAAUGAAAACUCUUCUUCUUUUUG